AUGUUUGCUAAUGCAGCAAUUCAUGGAAAUUUACAGACAACUGGAUAUGGAUUAUUACAACAUUUAAGCCAUUGUCAUGAACCUUUGCCUGCUUUUGACAGUCAAUUAAGCCAGGAUCCACUCUUCUCUUCCCAAUCAUCAAACAACAGUGCAAAUGCAUUUCGUAUGGGUAGUUCCAGUAGUAAUGGAAAAACCCCAAUAGAAGGUGAUUAUUGCCUUAAAAGUUUUGAAGAUAAAAAUGAAGGGGAUUCGGAUAUCAACAAAAAUAUUUUACCUAAAAAGAGGGGAAGUAAACGAAGGAGGGAUGAAGGGUAUAUUUAGUUGAUUGAGGUUGUUACUAGUCUUGAUGUAAAAAAUUAAUUUUUUUUGGGAGCAGGCCAACGUAUCGCAAAGUCAACGUACCGCAGAGCUAUAACUUCGUUCAAAAUAGGCGAAUCCUGGACGACAUGUUAUUGUUCGAUGCACCAUAUCAGGGCGUCCAUAUCAGGGCGUCCUGGAUAUAGCUCUGCGAUACGUUGGCUUUGCG